UUUUUAAAGAUUUACGUUCAACACAAACUCUUCUCCUUUUUUUUUAUUUUUUUAAAAAAAUAAGCCUGUAUAAAUAGAACUAGUUUUAUUGCUUUCUUGUUCUUUAUUUCUUCCUGUAAAUUAUGUAUAACGCACCUCAACUAUCAAAAGCAAAAAGUGGCAAUCACUUGUUUAACAGAAUAAAACAAGAACAAUCAAAUCUCGAAGAGCAACUUGUCAUUGAAUUCAUUCAUCGCACUUUAAAUGUUUCAGUUCCUUUGGGUGAGUUACAACAACAUCUUAAAGACGGUGUUAUUUUAUGCAAUCUUGUUAACUAUGUUCGGCCAAACACCAUCAAAAUAAAGACACAAAAAACAGAAUCCUCGUUUAUUCAAAUGGACAACAUUUCGCGAUUCUUACAAGGAGUUUUACAGGUAUGAAACAAUCAAGUCGUCUGUGUGAGUUAGCAAAAGGAGAAGGAGAAAGGGGGAGGGGGAGAAAGAAACAGAGAGAGAGAGAGAGAGAGAGAG